GGUGGUUGCUGCAUUAUCUUAUCGUUAUUCACAAUGAGAUAACAAUUGUAGAGAUAAGUUUAUUAAUUUUAUCCCAUGAUAGCAGAAGCAUAUCUCACUACAAAAAUAUGAUCGUUUAGUUCUUUUUGAUUCACUCCAUUUGAUUUUCCGGAUUUCCUGUGAAGGUCAACAUUCCGAGUGAAGAGACAGAUAAGACUGAUUACAAUGUUAAAAUCGUCUGUCCAGCAUAAGAUACUUAAUUCUUUGCCUGAUGAUAGACCUAUCACAGCUAUACAAUUAUUUUCAGAUUAUAGAAAACUUGGACAAGUGUCCAGCUGGCUUUUACCCCAUCUGUAAAACAUACGAUCAAGAUUCUGAUGCUGAUUUAAGAGAAAGCUCAAUAUUCAAAAGCAGUGGCGCUAGAUACUUGUGUCUAUCAAAAACCGAAGGACUGCCAAAUUUUGUAGUGCAGGAAAUUUUAGUAUUAACAGAUAAAGCUAAUCCCCCGAAAGGUUUUAGUUUAUUGAACCGAACUGCCGAUAGUGAACAAAAGGCGUGGAGGAAAAAACUAUUUUGUUACCGUUUAGUGAAUAAGAGAGAAAUAAGGACAGCAGUGACCGAUAUCAUAAUUUGUAGUCGUCUAAAGAAAGCUCCAGCAGGAUUUUCAUUUGCGGGGGAACUGAACGGAGUUACUCUUUGCUACAAGAUGGGCAACGUUCAGGACGGUGGUGAUGCAAAUGCAGACUCGAACAAACGUGACGGAAACUCAUUCCCUUCUCCCCCAGUUAGGCCGCCAAAACCAUCACCCAUGUCCCCAGGCAACCCCGUAUAUCCCUCGUUAGGAGAAUCCGACCACGAUUACGAAAUUCUUAGGCCUGGCUAUCCCGCCUCUGGACCCACGAGGCCCGCUCCCAAGCCCCCAACACCAGCAGUGCCUCAUCAACACUCGACUCAUACUCUUGGUAUACCUCAUGCUCUGGAUGGUGUACCGUUCAUCGUGAAUCCCAAGUUCUUGACUUCUAAGACGGCUGACAAGUUUCAGUUCCCCAAAAUAAAAGCAAGAGCGAUGCAACAAAUACUCAGAGAUUACGACUACCCAUUCACAGUGGAGAGACAAACUUAAAUUUAAGCUGACGAUUGCUGCACUUUUUUAACCUUCCAAGAACUGCUGUGGGAUUGUUUUUAUUCUUCUUGAUUUAACCUUCGUUCCUGUCUUUUCGUCCACGAUCUUUUAGUUAUGGAUUGUAACGUAAUGUUAGAACCUUUUAAUUAAGUUUAGUCGUGAUUGUGUAAAAUUUUGAUGUUAUAUUACUAAUUAUUUUAAUAUGAAUUUCAGUAAUUUGAAAUUGUACGUGUGAUAGCGACCAUUUACAUACACAUUUUAAAGCACUGAGGAAAUAUAUCUAAUGUAGUUAAUAUAUUUAUAGAGAUUAUUCGAUUAUCAUUAUCAUACUGUUAGUUAGUGCCAAUAUUUUAUACUAUAAGUUUUUGUAAAUAUACUGUAAUGAGUUA